CCAGGCUCGUGCCCUCGUCCAUGCAAGUUGACUACAAACAGCAGAGUUUAGGAUUCGCGUGCCACUAGACGUUUCACAUUUUAUAAUCGUGCUGGAUUCGCGUGGAAUAGUUUAGACAUGGCGACUGAAGAUUCGCCCAGGAAGCGGCCGGCUAACGGCACCCAGAGAAGGCAUAACAAGCCUUUGAUCGAGAAGCGACGAAGAGCCCGGAUCAACGAAUGUCUGUCCCAACUUCAGUCGCUGGUGUUGAAAGCUACUACCACCGAGGGUCCAAGACCCAGUAAGCUUGAAAAGGCGGACAUUUUGGAAAUGACAGUGGACUACAUCAAGAAGACCCGCUCCGUCCCCGACGAUGCCCCUUCCCGUGUGCCAAGCCCCGGGUUCCAGCAGCAGUAUGUGGCGGGGUACGAGAAGUGUGUCAAGGAGGUCAUGCAGUUCCUGGAGACACACAACAACAUCACCCAUGACUUCCGCGACAAAAUCACUACUCAUUGUCAGGACAAGCUACAGGAGAAGGCCCAGACUGCUGAACCAAUGGAGGGCAUCAAGUGGGAGAAGUCUGACGACGAGAGUGAUCACCAAUCAGCCAGUGAAUCGUCGUCGCCUGAUAUUGCCAAAUCAACGACCCCUGUUAAUGUCAUUAAACAGGAAGAACGACUUCCGGUCCAGAAUACGGCCUACGUGACGCCUUUACUGCAACAGCCCAGCCCCGAGACAUCCCCGGUGAAGCAGGCAACUCUCGAGCAGGUGUCCGGCCCAAUCAAACUUGUGUGUGGAGGCGACAUUCUAAUACUUCUGGAUUCUGCGUCGACACCAAACAUUAUGAAUCCACCCACCAUUCCAAAAAUACACUUCGGUCAGCCAUCAUCAGUCCAACCGCUUCCGCAAGCGUAUCAGGCAUGUAAUGUAAAUAUGACGAGCGGAAGUGUUGCUCCAGCAACCAUUCCGUACCCUGUAUAUAGACUCUCCAAUAUUCCAGUUGCAGGAAUCCCUUUGGCGAGCGCCAUUCCAACCUGCAUGCAGCCAAUCCAAGUUCACAGUCAUACUCAGAACAAACUCCAACUUCCUCUUGGGAACAUCAUUACUAACGGCCAGCCUGUGGCUGAGAACUGUCACGUGGCUGGUCAGCAGACAGCAGCAUCAAUGUGGAGACCAUGGUGACUCACUAAAUACCUUCGUGCGACGAUAAGGCAAAUACGCCAUCAGCAGCUUUAAUUUGUGUAUAAUAUUUCUAUAUAUCAAUGCAGUGUAUGUUAAAGUGGGUUUACAGAAGUUGGUUGUCUGUGGGUGUGUACGUGUAUAUGUUGAAGAGGGUGAGAUGGGCUGUGUAAUACAAGUGCAUUUAAGACUACUUUGGGAUUCAAACAUAGACCGUCAUGGGUAGGGAAUGUUAACCUUGUGGUGUUGUGUUGACGAUACCAUUACUUGCAACACAUGGCUAAUGGCAUGCCUUCACAUCGAUAUGUCUAAGAUUAAAACAACAAUAUACCAUGUUCUAUCCCUUAAGGUACCGUGUUUUAUCUUUUAAGAUAACACACUCUAUUUGUUAAGAUUUCAUGAUCUAUUCUUUAGGAUACUAUGUGCUAUUUAUUUAUCUAUAUAAGAUAACAUGCUCUGUUCUAAAAGAUACCAUGUUCUAUCCCAACAUAUACUAUGUUCUGUCCUUGUGGAACUAUCAUUCGCACCCAGGCGCUUCCUACCUACCCCACAAGACAUGCAUGUGAUGACAUUCACCUCUGCUAUUCCAUGAAACGUGGCUGAACGUGUACAGUGUGUUCAUAAGCAGAUUAUGUUUUGUAAAUAUAUUAAUAAAUAUACUAUCAUGAAAGAA